UUCUGCACACUAUGGGAGGCCACAAUUCAUACUGUCCAUUGACAACAGAGGAGCUUCAGGAAUAUGAGGGGGUCACUGGAAUGAAUACAGCUGAAAUAACACAGGCAUUUAAAAAAUUCUACAAAAUUGAUCCUCUCACCUUCAUGGAGCAUCGUAAAGGACGGAUACCAUACUUAACAGUAGCGGAAACAUUACCAGAGCUGAAAAACAAUCCUUUUCGCUAUCGGAUAGGAAAAGUGUUCUGCUCCAGCGAAACUGGCUUUAUGGAUUUUGAUGACUUUCUUGAAAUGGCUGCUGCCAUGCACGAUAAAACACCUCUAAAUGUAAGAUUGCACUGGGCUUUUCAAAUUUAUGAUAUCAAUGAAGAUGGUGUCAUUUGUGAAAAUGAUUUGGACAAAAUGUUGGACCUUCUAACUGACAACAGGCUGCUGAAAUCUGAAAAAGAAGGAAUUAUACUAAGGAUUCUAAGUGACGGAGAUACAGAUGCUGAUUCUGCACUGAGCUUUCAAGAGUUUGAGAGGUCCAUAUCAUUAAACUGGAAACAGGAGUUCGAAGAGUAA